AUGAUGGCGAGGCCGCGUGUGCGCCUUCCCGGGAUGGCCAUCGCCCUGCUGGGGGCCCUGCUGCUAGCGGGAUCGCCGCGCGCUGGUGCGCAGGAUGGGGCCGGGGGCGCGGCCUUCCGCGUGGGCGCCGUGCUCAGCAGCGUGAAUGAGACCCGGACGAUGCAGGACGCGCGGCGGGGCUACCAGCUGGCCUUGGACAUGGUGAACGCCCUGGAGGACGGGCGGGGCCUCAAGGUGGAGGGCAGGGACGGCGCCGUGCACUUCAGAUUCGAGUUCACCGCGCUGGACGACUUGAACGACAAGGAAAACCACACUGCCCUGGUGCAGACUCUGCUCCAGGGGGAGGCUGUGCACUUCAUGUUCGGCUCCCACCCCAAGUUUGCGAUCUCGGAGUCGAAUAUCAGCGACGCAGCAGGGAGGAUCCUUUAUCACUGCUGUGUGGGGCCGGACGAGGUGUACCAGGAGGGGUACCGCAACGUCUUCGGCGUCACGGUCACCAACCGGCGCUACACGGAGCUGGCAAUCUCCAGCAUGAACCUCAAGCAGAUCAGCCGCGUGGCGAUCGUGCGCCAGUCGGACAACAUCUUCACCAACACGACCUGCGACGAGGCGGUGGAGUACCUGUCGCGCUUCCGCCGGACGGUCAACGUGCUGACGCCCAACCUGCUGUCGCCGGUGAUAAACUACACCAAGGCGGAGGUGGACGGCGACCCGGACUGGUUCAGGGCGUACGUCCGAAGCCUGAGGGACAACCAAGCGGAGGCGCUGAUCGCAUGCGCCCUGCUGCCGGAGGGGAGGCGACUGUUCGAAGCCCUGCACGAGGCCAGGUACCCCUUAAGGACGUUCUUUCUAACCUCAGGGCCAACGAGGGAAGACUUUGUGGCAGAUCUGGAUCCCAUCACAGCAAAUAGCAUCUUGAGUGCUGCGCAGUGGUCCACAGAUGUGCAGUACAAAGACAGCUUCUUUGGCAGUACUCAAGAUUACAGAGACAGAUACAAAGAUAUUUUCGAGAUAACGCCCUCGGCGCUCGCCGCUGGGGCCUCUGCAGUGGCCUACACACUGACAGAAGCCAUCAAAAGCGCCUUCAAGAACUGCGACGUCCUGGCUUUUAAAGGGAACCCAGAUGGGCUGCUGUUCAGCCCAAAUUUGAUUUGCGAUGACCAGGUCAACAGCAACACGGGGUAUGAGAGGGUCAGGUUGGCACUGAAGGGGCUGAAUAUGGAUACUUUUUUUGGGAAGGUCAGAUUUGACGAGUUCCAAAGGAAUAUUGGGAUGGACCCCGUGACGACGCAGAUCCAGGUGAAACAGGGGAAACAGGGGGAACAAGCUCACAAGAACAUUGUUGCCGUUCUGCCAGUUGAAGCAGCAAGUGCAAGUUUGAAGAUGCCUGCAGAUAAUGCCUACAGGAACACCUGCAUCAGUGGGCAGUUUCUGUCCACACUGGCAGAGCACUUUUUUGAACCAUGCCAGACAUGCCCUGAGGGUGAAGUCACCUACCAGGAGGACGAGCUCUCUUGUCGUUCAUGCCCUCCUGGCCACUACUGGGAGAGUGCGACGAGCUGCCAGGUGUGCCCACCAACCACGCAGCUGAGUGGAAACAGCACAAGGGGCAUUGGCAUCGAGUCGUGUGUCUGCCAGGAGUCCUACUACCACCCAGACGGAGAUAACAGAGGAAAGAAAUGUUAUGAGUGCCCAACAGGGGCUAAGUGUGCGGGGGGCGUCAAUGUGACAUUGAGCAGUGACAGUGGCAUUUGCCCUGAGGCUGGUUUCUGGAUAGAGGCCGAAACGAAGGAGGUUUAUGAAUGUGAACCUCGCAGCCUGUGCCUCGGAGGAUGCGACCUCACAAUGCAGUGCAAGGCAGGCCACACAGGAAGGCUGUGCUCUUUCUGCCAAGACGAGUACUAUAACUUCCUUGGCAAUUGCCACGAGUGCCUCCCAGCAUUUGUGUUUGGCUUUAUGGUGGUGGCAUUGCUGAUUGCAUGGUACAUCCUCAACGUCGUUGUGUCCAACAACGUUGCUUCCCUGGACAUGUUGCUGUCUUGGGCACAGCUGGCUAACAUCAUCGGGGAGGUGGACCUCAACUGGCCAGUAAAAUUGAGCUUCAUGUUCAACAUCGCGAACAUUCUCGACUUCGAUGUUGAUAUCCUGUCUCCCAGCUGCCUACUCCCCUGGAGCUACAAGCAAAAUUUCAUCGUUCAAUUGCUGCUGCCCCUCAUUAUGACCAUGCUGGCCAUUGUGGGUUUUUUGUUGUCGUGGAUGAUGUACAGCUUUUACAGAAGGUGCUCAGAGGAACGACGGAAGAUGAUACACUCUUCGCACUGGCUCCACUGGCUGGUCAACGUGCCGGAGAACAGGGAUCAGCUGCUCGCAAAGUUGGAUUUUACGAUUGCUGCCUUCUUCUCAUCUUUGGAGGUUACCUAUGUCACAAUAUCAAAGUACUGUUUCGACGCCUUCAAAUGCGAAGACAUUGGGAAGCAGUCUGUCCUGCGAACUAGUCCAGACAUAGAGUGUGGCUCCUCAGAACACAGGGACAUCGUAAAAUUGGGUGUGGUUGGGUCAGUGGUCUACACGGGUGGGUACCUGUGCUUUGUGUCCUGGAAGCUUUGGGUCCUGAAUCGAGAGCAGUCAUUUCCAGACCCAGUGAACCUUCGGCGUUAUGGCUGGCUCUACCGAAGAUUCGAAUUGGACUACUUCUGGACGAGCCUGAUUGUUGUGGCAAGGAAGUUGCUCUUCGUGGUGGUCCUUGUCUUUGUGAACAACCCAGCUUUCCAAGCAGGAGCCUUGGCAAUUAUCAUCAAUGCGUCCCUCAUGCUGCAUGUGUACACCGCUCCCUAUGUGGACUCAUUUCUUGACAUCCUGUUCAGCUUUCUGCUGAUUGCACUCAUGUUUGAGGCCUUUGGGGGCGUCAUGUUCUUCAGUGACAACCUUUUAGAGGAAAAUAGACAGAUCUUGGAGGGCAUAGUGCUGGGGUCCCUGUUCUUGCUGUUUGCUGUGUUCAUUGUGAUGUUUCUUUGGGAGACUAGGCGCCUUUACCACCUCCAGAAAGUCAGGCACCUCCAUGAGCGAGUCAUCCUGGAUAAGGAGAAGUGGAAACUGAUCGACUCCAAGAAGCAACAACGCUCAGAGGUCAGUCAUGAGCUGCUGGGGACUUUUGACCCCAGCUUCUUGUACCGAGCACUGGUGACGACCCCAAAGAACAUAGAGGAUUGGGACAAGCUGACAGACAUGCUAAAAGCCUUCAUGUCUGAUCAGUCAGAGACAUCAUACCUGUCCAUGGGGAACAAGGCCAAGUUCUGGAGGAACCUCGUUGAACGUUUCCCAGAAUUGGUGGAUUUCCUUGCUGUGACAGAUGCAGAAACAAGAGCCCACUUUCGGGAAUUCGCCACGGCCCUGUACAAUGAUUUCUACCUGAAGAAAAAAGUUGAAGACCUGCCUUUGUACGAUGUGCUGAAUUGGCGCGACAGGGCGGCCCUUGCCCAGUGGCUGGCGAUGGCCAAGGACGAGGAACGGACGUUCUUCACCAGUGUUAUGGAGAAAUUGUUUCGCACUGCAAGGGGCGAUGAGGUGGCCAAGCUGUUUGAAACGAAGGUGAAAUCCAUGGGAAGGAGCCUGAGUCGUCCCGCUGCAUCAGUCCAGCCACCUUCUUUCAAGUGGGACUUGAAACGCCGCAGGAGCAAGGUGCACGAUGAUAUUAUCAGGGAAAUAAAUGCGGGCCAGGGACCGCUGGCCCACAAGGCAUCCAAAAAGUUCAGAUGUGCAGCGACACGAUGUGACAACGUUGUUUGUGCCGCAGAGUGUGCACAAAACGCGUCGCUGGUGUCUCUCAAGCCCUAUGCCACAGUGGACAUGGGCAUGAUCGUCGAAGAGGACAUACAAACUUUGGAGCCAUGCUUGCAGGGGGGCACGUCGGUGUGUUCUCCCUUGCGCACUGGCAGUGAAACGAUGGCCUGCUCCAGCACGCACUCAUCUGUGCUGGACAAUCGGUGCGAGGAGAUAGACAGCAGCUAUGAGCUGUCCCGGCCUUCACCUUUAUCCCCUGGGUGGUCGACGUGCUAUUCCACCCACGAGGAGGGGCCGGGGCACAACCCAGGACCAUCCAGAGGGCUGGAAAGCUUCGAGGUGUUCGACAGCGCAAAGGACAGGCCGGGAUAUGGGGCAUCAGUGGGUCUGGUGACGCUCUUAAUUUACAUGUUCCGCCGGAGGCUCGAUUGGAGUGACAAGGACAAGAGAGGCGUGGAGGCUUCUACUCCUCGGGAGUGCGAUGCCGAAGACAGUUCGGAUUUUUCAAAGGUUGAACUUGGUGCGGAGCAGGGGGAGUCACGGGAUCAAUCUGACAAGCUCAGUGGCUAG